GAUGGAAGGCGCGACUGUCGGGUCUCCACACACCUGCCUACCUACCUGCCUGGUCCCCGCCCAGGUGUGAGGGUGAGGAAGGAGGAGGAGGAGGUGUGUACCUCCUGCCAGGUACCUUGGUACCGUACCGUACCGCUCCUGCCGUCACUCCUGUCCCCAGUCUCCAAUGCGCUCGCUUGCUUCAGGUUGUGCCUUCCGCCUUACCCUGCUUGCCCCUUCGGUCGCUGUCCGUCGCCUCGUCUGUUGGCCUCACUCUUGAUAUAUAAACUCGCUGUCCCCCCUCUCUUCCGUACCGUCACCGUUUUUCACUCUUCAUCCCAUCUGUACCUCACUUGAUCUUGCUUUCCAUCCGACUCCACGACUUGAACGCUCUUCCGUCCAAGUCCUCCAAUCUCCCACUUACACCACAACACCACCACUUAGAUCUUUCUACACAGUCCCUCCAGGGCCUCUACCUAUCAUCAUGGGCAAGAAGGCUGUUCACUUUGGCGCUGGCAACAUUGGCCGUGGCUUUGUCGCCUGCUUUCUCCACAACUCCGGCUAUGAUGUCGUCUUCGCCGAUGUCAACGGCAAGCUGAUUGACCAAAUCAACGAAACCCCCUCAUACCGCGUCAUCGAGGUCGGUACCGAGGGUACCACGGAGAACACCAUCACCAACUACCGUGCCAUCAACUCGAGCACCCACGAGGAGGACCUCAUCGAGCAGAUCCGCACCGCCGAUGUCGUCACCUGCUCCGUCGGUCCCAACAUCCUCCGCUUCAUCGCCCCGGUCAUCGCCAAGGGCAUCGACCGCCGAUCCAACGACGAGUCUCCCCUGCACGUCAUCGCUUGCGAGAACGCCAUUGGCGCCACCGACACCCUGGCCGGCCACAUCAAGGACCCCCGCAACACCGACCCCUCUCGUCUUGACGACCACCACCUGCGAGCCCGCUACGCCAACUCUGCCAUCGACAGAAUUGUCCCCGCCCAGGACCCCGAUGCCGGUCUUGACGUGACGCUCGAGAAGUUCUUCGAGUGGGUUGUCGACCGCACUCCUUUCGAGGACAUUGGCAUUCCCGAGAUCGAGGGCAUCAACUGGGUCAGCAACCUCCAGCCCUUCAUCGAGCGCAAGCUCUUUACCGUCAACACUGGCCAUGCCACCGCUGCCUACCACGGCUACAACCGAAGAAAGCGCACCGUCUACGAUGCUCUCCAAGACAAGGAGAUCAUGGCCGAGGUCCGCGGCGCUCUGAUGGAGACCAAGAGCCUGAUUGUUGCCAAGCACGGCAUCGACGAGGAUGCUCAGCUGGCCUACGUCAACAAGAUCAUUAAGCGUAUUGGCAACCCCCAUUUGGAGGAUGCUGUUGAGCGUGUUGGCCGUGCUCCCCUCCGAAAGCUCUCUCGCAAGGAGCGAUUCAUUGGCCCCGCUGCUGAGCUCGCCGAGAACGGCCAGUCCCUCAAGUACCUCCUCGACGCCAUCGAGAUGACUUUCCGAUUCCAGGAUGUCGAUGAGGAUGACGAGUCUGCCGAGCUUGCCAAGAUCAUGGCUGCUCACGGCCCCGAGGACGUUGUCAAGCAGGUCUGCGGCAUCCAGUCUUCAGAAAAGAUCUUCCCCCAUCUGGUCGAGGUUGUCAAGCGUGUCCAGGUCGACAGCGCUGAAGAAUAAGGAUGGCGCAUUGCAUCCAACUAGACACGGAACAUGAGCGACGCAUCAGAUACACCAGGCGGUUUGGCGGCGUUUAACGAGAUAUGAUUACACCUUUGGCUUGCACAAGGAAGCAUGGCGCUGGGACGGAUUUGGAAUUGGCAGGACUUUGUUCACUUCAGAAGUGCCUCAGCCUCGAAGGUCUAGGGCUUUGAUAUUGAUUGAUAGUUAAACUAGAGCACCUCAAUACACUGGCUUGCUCCUAUAC